ACAGGAGAGCAACGCCCCUCAGUCGUCUCUCCUCAGCACCACCCCUCAUCCCAACCUGCCCCUCUCCUCUCAAAGGGAUGCAAGGGAGUGACGCAGGAUAGACGGGAAAACUGCGCCGAACCUCGAAGGAAAGAUUGGAUAGGGGUGAUGCAAUAAGACAAAUUCUGGAAACCCAAGUGUAAAUCACGGAACCUCCGUUCCCUAGAAAAGAGACCGAAGCACGGCCUGUAUGGUCAGUGGACGUGGAUGCCAGACUCACAUGUUAUCUAUUUUACGCAGCCACUCAUUAAUGUUUUGAUGGAUGCGGCUCGAAUUUGGACAAUUGGUUGAGGUAGGCGAAGCUUAGAUAUUCGUGUUGACUGUGUUUUCUCAUCGUGACCGAUAAUCCUUCUUCGAGUCAAUUGAAGAGGUCUAAACCUUGAAGGGGAUACAGGCCAACCAAUCUAUAGAUUUGGAAAUAAAAUAAUUUUAUGGGGAUACCUAUUUUAACGACUUAACUUGUUUUUUCUUCUGCGACUCAGGGUUGAUACAUUUCCCACUGAUCCUUCGAUUCAAAUGUCAAAAUAGUGUUAUAGGCUAUUGGUAGGAUAAUUCAUACAUUUGCAUCAGAGAGGAGGAUUCACCAUACACCUUUUCGUAGCCAAAAAAAUUCAACAUGAAUUACCUGCGUCGUCGGCUGUCGGACAGCAAUUUUAUGUCCAAUUUGCCCGAUGGGUACAUGACUGAUCUACAACGCCCUGACCCGCCGCAGCAAGACCCUGCAGUAGUGUCGCCUGGACCACCGGAGAGGCGUGUGUCUACCAGCCAGCAGUCGGAGGGCACUGGCAGCGGAGCCGGAGCUGGAUUUUUAUCUUCCUUUACUAAAGCUGUCAAACAAACCACUGCUGCUGUUGCUGAGAAAGUCACCGAGGUAGCAGACAAAGCAGGCGUUGCCUCUGGUGCCAAGAUACUCCUGGUAAUUGAUGAGCAACAAACAGACUGGGUAAAGGUCUUCAAAGGUAAAAAGAUUCAUGGUGAAUUUGACAUUAAGGUGGAACAGGCUGACUUCUCUGAAAUCAACCUAAUAGCGCAUGCUACAGGGGGCUAUAGUGUUGAUAUCGAAGCAAUCCGGAAUGGAACCAUGGUGACCAAGUGUUUCAGGCCAGACUUUGUGCUGGUUAGGCAGCAUGCCUUCAGUAUGGCCAAGAAUGGAGACCACCGACACAUAGUGAUUGGGUUACAGUAUGCUGGUCUCACGGGUGUAAACUCUCUACACUCUGUCUACAACUUCUGUGACAAACCAUGGGUGUUUGCUAAUAUGGUGAGAUUGUACAAGCAACUGGGACCAGAGGAAUUCCCACUGAUCGAGCAGGUUUACUAUCCCAACCACAGAGAAAUGAUUACCACUCCUGGUUUCCCUGUGGUGGUGAAAAUGGGCCAUGCCCACUCAGGGAUAGGGAAGGUGAAAGUGGACAAUCAAUAUGACUUCCAAGAUAUUGCCAGUGUUGUUGCCCUGACCAAGACCUAUGCCACAUCUGAACCUUUCAUCGAUGCAAAGUACGAUGUCCGCAUCCAGAAGAUCGGAGACAAUUACAAGGCCUACAUGCGGACAUCAAUUUCAGGGAACUGGAAAACAAACACUGGUUCAGCUAUGCUGGAACAGAUAGCCAUGUCAGACAGGUAUCGGAUGUGGGUGGACUCCUGCUCUGAGGUGUUUGGCGGUUUGGAUAUGUGCGCUGUGGAGGCUCUGCAUGGAAAAGAUGGCAAGGAUUACAUUAUAGAGGUGGUGGGUUGCUCCAUGCCUCUGAUUGGAGACCAGCAGGAUGAAGACCGUGCUCAAAUUGCAGACCUGGUCAUCUCCAAAAUGAACCAGACAGUCCCACGCACUGCAAGUCCCUCUCCUGUCCGUCCCACAGCUGCACAGCCUGCACAGAAAGCUGCAUCCUCUCAGCCUAUCUCACAACCCAAAGUGCCACAGGCUCAGCAACGCCCUUCUCCACAAGGUGGCCCACAACAGACACCCACCGGCACUGCCACCCCUCGCCAAGGAGCCCCCUCCCAGCAGCGCCCCUCUCCCCAAGGCCAGGCCCCUGCAAAAGCCCAGCCCCCUGGUCAGGGAUCCCCCCAGCGAUCCAUGAGCCUGGGGGGCUCCCCUCAAAACCAGAGGCCACAGCAGUCAGGUCCCCAGCUGCAGCAGAGCCCCCCCCUUGGAGGCAUGGGCCAGAAGUCCACAGGGGGCCAGCCCCAGCAGAGGCCCCAGCAGAAGCCAGGCCAGCCUGCCAGGCAGCAGUCCCAGGGAGGAGGCCCCCAGGGCCCCCAGCAGCAGAGGGCUCCAGCCCAGCAAGGUCGCACUGGGGCCCCCACCACUCAGCAGCCCCGCCUUAGUGGCCAGGGCCAGGGAGACCCGGGAGGGAAACCUCCUUUGCAGCAGAAGCCUCAUCCCCCACAGAAGCCUAACCAGGACCCUCCUGCUAUGGGAGCCACCCCUCCACUGAACAAAUCCCAGUCUCUUACCAAUGCCUUCAACAUUCCAGAAACCCCAACGCCACGGGCCAGCCUUAGCCAGGAUGAGGUGAAGGCUGAGACCAUACGCAACCUACGCAAGUCUUUUGCAAGUCUCUUCUCAGACUGAGAGAUGGAGUAAGCCCCCUCCUACGCCGACAGACAGACUGAAAGGCAGACCCUCCCCCUUCCCCUCCCCAACACACAAUGGACCAAUAGGACUAACACCUCCCUAUCAUGGACAUUGAUGUACAUUGAUGUGAAAAUGCACAUAUAAAACAUCCACUGCCUAUACAGACAUAGGAUCUUAAUUUGACCAGUAUUGUCGCAGCAAAAUAAUCCUGCAGCAAAGGAUUUUAAUUUGGCUAUGUGAAAAGUACAAUACGCCAAGAGGUUAAUAUAACCCAGGCUGUAUCGCAACCGGCCAUGAUUGGGAGUCCCAUAGUGCGGCGCACAAUUGGCCCAGCGUCAUCCGGGUUUGGCCGGUGUAGGCCGUCAUUGUAAAUAAGAAUUUGUUCUUAACUGACAUGCCUAGUUAAAUAAAGGUUAAAUAAAAAAAUAAUAUUUAAAACCGUGUGCUAGUGUGGGUUUUCAGUGCAUUUAUGUAAAUCACAAAGCUCAUCUGCAUUUCCUGUGGUGCAGGAAAAAUCUCCACAACAAAAGAGUGAUCAAAUUAAGAUCCUACAUCUGUACAUUUGAAGACCACACAUAGAAUAUAAUACAGAUAGCUCAUGGUAAAAUCAUGUUGUUUCCACUUUAUUUCAAACAGAAAAAUCUACGAGAUGUCGUUGAAUCAACGUGGAAAACUGAUUGGAUUUGCAAAAAAGUUAUCAAUGUAAGGGCAUUUUGUUUUUUUUCACCCAACUUUUAACUUAAAUCCAAUUACAUUUUUUUUUUUACUCGACCAAAUGUAAAUCAAAACCAGAUGUUGAACUGACAUCUGUGCCCAGUGGGAGGUUUGUUGCUCUCAGUCUGAAACAUUCCCUAUCACCUUCACAUUCCAAAUGAUUCCUACAAACACACACACAUACAGUACACAUCCACUUCUCUUGUUGUUGCACGUGUGUUUAAAUUUCAGAUAAAAGGGGGAAGAUUCUUACCCCAUCAAUCAUCAGUCCCUUUUUAAAUGGUGUUGUUAUAUAUUACAUUUCAGUAGGUGGCCUAUGUUGCCACAGUUUUUAUGUAUUGGGAGAUAUUUACUUGGUCACGAUUUGAUCAUUUGGAAUUGUUUUUAUGCUAGUAUACUGGAAACAAUACACUGGUAAUCGUCAUGAUAGUGUUCCCAGUUAAAUUAAAUUAAACUUGUCGGCACAGUGUUGUUCACACUACAGUGGGUCAGUUCAGUGUACAGUAAAGCAACACUACAGCUGUUUGAGUUGCUCAUUCAUUCUAAGUUAUGAUUUUUUAGAUGCAUGUCAAUAAAGGAAAUAUGGUUGCAAUUUCAAUCACUCACAUCGCCGCUUGUAACUGUGUUGUCACAUGUAAUUAGCUAGCGUAAUUAGCAUAACAAAAGUAUGUGUUGUUUUUGUGAGAAUGCCAUUCCUGCCUCCCUCUCCCUUCUUCUGUUAGAUUAAGACAAAAUCUCAAUAGCUCUCAAUUUGGAAACAUGCCUUACACAGGCACACAGUUCAGUCAGAUAGUAUUGUCUCAGGGAUGUCCUGGUAAGUGACACACUGGUGUCAGGGGUCAGGUCUUCCAAACGUUGCACUGAAAUGAGGAUGAUGAGCUACUGCAAAUGAAAGCAUGUGUGUUUAUUGAGGUAGAAUGUAUUUGUUCUUUCAAAUGUAUUUGCACAUGAAUUAUAACAAAAUCAUACUUGAAGACAUGAGUCAAGUGAUAUUUUUGAGAUUUUAAUGUCAGAUUGUAGAGACACAGCCAGCUCAGUGCUCUAUUUUACCAGCCAUCACAAGGGCCUGGGAUGCUGCUGUUUCUGUGAGUGGAGAGUUUUGGUGCCUGUCCCGUCUGUCCCCUGUCUCCCAGCAGGGUCACAGCUUGUGAGCAAGGGACCUAGUCCAAAUAAAUGCUCAGCCAAGGAAUGUACCAUGGGUCAUGUAGGCAGUGUAAAAUAAAUGUACUGGUAUGUCCCCAGUGGGAUAUACAGUACCACUGCAGUAUACUUCUGUUUGUUCUCUACACGUAAUACUUUCUCCCCAAAACAUUAAUGACCCCUUUGAUCAUUGGUCAGAAAACAAUCCCUAAAUAUUCCCUGAGCCCAAAGCUGAAACCUUCUGUUUCUAGGGCACUGAAUAUGUCUUCCAAAAAGAGUGUGUUCCAGGCAAUCUGUUUUUUGGAGCUAAUUCGGAAAGUCCCAAUCUCCCUGCAGAACCCCUCUGCUUCCUCUACGCAUCGGCCCUUGGUGUAUCCACAGUGAACCCUUGUGAUAAGUGGUGCAUAAACGUGUAAAUGUUGUUUUGUAAAACCAAAUAGAAGUGUUGUACAGAUCGUGACCUAUGAAUGAUGCAGAUUUGUCACGUUUCCCCCCUGUUGCUGGCUGUGCUUGUUGAUAUUUUGUGCAAUGAAUACUUGUGGAUUUUGGUUUUGGAUUUUUGGCAUUUAUACCAUUUUUAAGCCCUUUUUCUGUACUGGCAUUCACUAUCAUGAAUUAUGCAUUAUUUCUACUUUUUGAAAAAGCUUUUUUAUCUUAGUUUCUCUUGUAUUCAGGAUUACAUGUCUACGUUUGAAAAUGUGUAUUACACAUCUUAUCAUGGGCCUCAAUGGAAAUCAUAACUCAGCAAACAGAAUUGUCAGGGUAUACCGUUGAAAGAAUGGAUCAGAGAAGCCUCAAAUGAUACCUGCUACAAAAAAAAUGACUUGUCUGGAUGAACACGUGAUUGGUAUACAUUUGUAUUGUUUUACUCAGCUCUCUGCUACUGCCUGUAACAGAGAACAUCCAUCAGAGAACAUCUUAGCUGUGUUUGGAGUUAUAGUCCUCCGGGGGAUUAUACAUUGGAGUGUCAUGAUAAUUGAAACAAUCUAUAUGAAUCCUGUUUGUUGAUAUUCAUAGACAUGGGUUGAAAUGUUUAUUUAGUUGACAUUCUUUUUGAUGGAUAGAUUUGAAUGUAUGUUUACAAUUUGUAUGCCUUUUUUCUUUGCUUAAGUAGUUUUCCUAAAUGCAGAUGUAAGUAUAUUUUAUUUUGUUAUCUGCACUAUGAAUUUCUGUGAAAUUGAUGGUCAAUAUUGAUGCCUGCCAGAUGUAUAAAACAAGAAAUCUAUAUGUAUCUAAAAUAGACAAAAAUUAUAAAUAUGACAUAUCAUCGUGGAGUAUUCAAAUAAAUGUAGAAAAGUAUAUGUGAUGUUAUUCUGAUGUUAUUUGCAAUGUACCUAAAUAAUUAUGCUAUCAACAUGUGCACAUAUUCAAUAAAGUUCAAGACCAUUAGUAACAA